CGGGCGGGCGGCGUCCUUACGGCGGCGGGCACCCGAGAGCCGAGUCCCUGCACCGGCGCGGGCCUUCCCCGACCUGCUCAGCCGCGCCCCUUCCCUCCCCAGCCCGCGGGUGAUGGCCGACGGCGGGGCGCCGGAGGUCCUGCGCCUCAACGUGGGCGGCUGCGUGUACGCCGCCCGCCGCCGGUCCCUGUGCCGCUUCGAGGACUCCAUGCUGGCGUCCAUGUUCAGUGGUCGCUUUCCUCUCAAGACGGACGAGUCAGGGGCUUGUGUCAUUGAGCGGGAUGGACACCUGUUUAAAUAUCUUCUGGAUUAUCUUCACGGGGAGGUUCGGAUUCCUGAAGAUGAGCAGACGCGCAUUGCCCUGCAGGAGGAGGCGGAUUACUUCGGCAUCCCCUAUCCUGACAGCCUGUCCGACCACUUGGCCACUGAAAUGGAAACAUACUCUUUAAGGUCAAAUAUAGAACUUAAAAAGGCCUUGGCAGACUUCUGCGGCUCUUACGGCUUGGUCUGCAGUGAGCCCUCAGUCUGGGUUCUACACUACCUCAGCACCUCAGGUGCCAGCUGCGAGAGCAGGGUCAUCGGCGUGUAUGCCACAAGGGCCGAUGGCAUGGAUGCCAUUGAGCGGCAGCUGGGCGGCAGGAUCCACAGCAGGAGCAUCUUCAGGAGAGAGGCGGGAAAUAACAUCCAGUACAUUUGGAGCUAUUACUCGGUGGCAGAAUUGAAGAAAAUGAUGGACGCCUUUGACGCGUGGGAAGGAAAAGGUGUCAGCUACUGGCGGGUGCCCCACGGGCUGGUUGAGUGCUGGACCCUGGAGCAGCGGCCGCUGCUUGGGAGUGCAUGCCAUGCUGCGCCCCUGCGUAAGAGGUACCGGGACGACAGGGAGACAGCGGGUGCGGAGGAAGGAGGCGGUGUGAGUGGCAGAGUCGGGCCCCAGCCUGUGCGCUACCUGGGCCCCUCUACCAGCACGCAGAUCACCGUGCGCAACUCCGCCUCGGUCCGGCUGGCUCAGGCUAGCGCGGGCCCCGCUGCCGUGCGGGUGCUGGCCAAGCGGUCUCAGAGCGGUGGCCACGGCAGGGCGGCCCCGAGCCCUGUACCCCCUGUGGGCGUGGAGACAGUGAAGUCUCCUCACUGUCAUGGGGCCCGGAGCCCUGAAAAUGGGGCUGCGCCCCCUCUGCCUGCACAGGCGCCACCGCCUUCGGACAAGGACAGGAGGGCCCCGCCCCGCCGAGUGAUAAAGCUGAGGAGAACCCCGUUGUGCGCUGCCCCUGCCCCGCCCCCUCUGGAAGCUGCCAGCGCUCCGAGUGUACCCACUGGAAGCGCCAGCGGCCGGGCCGAUGGCCAGGAUGGGUAAAGUGUGGGCCCGACACUUCUGGCUCAGCUGCCGGGCCGGCCAGGCCAGCGGGAGGCCCACCCGGUGUCCCCCCGCGCUGACAGGAGGCGGGCUGGGGGUGUGGGAUGGGAGGGAGACUGGCGGGCCCUGUUUCUCUCUCCCGGUUUCAGAAGGGUUGUUCGUGUGGCGGUCAGGUGCCCGGUUUUCGCUGCUGUGAACUCUGUUCACGUUAGUUGGUAGCAGGGCAGCCGUGGGGCACAGCAGCGGUGAGUCUCGUUGCUGCUGAAAUGCAGAGCAGCGCAGACCGGGGUGUCUCGGUGUCGCCCUAGCACCUAGGAGCCUGGCCUGUCCACGAGGUGAGACAACAGGGAGGUGUCGCCUGCCUGCCUGGUGGUGGCGGUAGGGGAGUGGGUCAAGGCCGGCACCCGCCCGUGAGCGGGAAAAGCGGUCUGCGUCCCGGAAGGCGGAUGGUGCCGUGCAGGCCGAGCGUUGCCUGUCGCGGACCUUGCUGCGCUCUCCGUGAGCAGAGCGGUGUGCACGCUGCGCGAUGAGGCCCCGCGGCGGGAGCGAAGCGGCCUGGCGUGGGGCCCCGUGUUCAGAUACUGUGUUUUAAUUGGAGGCGUGAAGUUUUGAACAUGCUUAGAAAGAAGUUUAAAAUGUUUAAUUUUUUAAUUAAAGUUAAUAUUUGUUUUUUAGACGUGACCACUAGCUAUUCUGAUUAUAUGAUUUUUAUGCAUAAAAGGUCUACAUAACUUGAAUUUAAUAUUUUUAAACAAUUUGGAUUAAUCUAUUUUUUCAUGGCUGUUCCAUUGUGUGUGUGUGUUCUUAUGUGCUGUAUUUUGUACACAAAUUUCUGGAUCACAGAUUUCUGCUUUCAAAUUUAAGUUCCUAAAGCAGGGUCCUUUCCACUUCCUUGCAUUGCCUCAAAAGGGAAAAUACACUCAAAACAUCACUUCUUGCAAAAUAAAAGCUUUUCCCAUAAAAACAA